CGGUUCAUGGCGAAGAAAAAUUCCGUCAUCACGAACCUCGUUUUUCCACGCCAGCAUCGCCAUCCUCAUUUUCAACCCGUCAGCCUCUUGUGCGCUCGUAGUUUCAUCGCUCGCUGCUUCCCGGCGUCUCCGCCCGCUUGCCCGCUUUCACAUUAUUUUUAAUCUGCCGUGUCGCUAUCCAUGAUUUGAACAGCCAUGCCAGCCAUCAUGUCGCAAAGUCGCCAAGCAGCAGCUACGCCCAAGCCAUCAAGGAAUCCCCAUCCCGCUAAGAAGCAGAAGAUCACGCCGUCAGAAAAGUCUUCAACAGCCAACCUUCAUGCCCUCAUCCCUCAGAAGGGAGACGUGCAGAAGAAAAGAGCCUCACAAGUUUCGAAUGGUUCCAAGGGCAAUACCAGAUUGCACAAAUUCAAUGAAGAGCAGGCGAUAGUCAUCAACGGACAAGAAGAUGAUGUGGAUAUGGAGGAUGCCACAAUUAAUCGGACGAAUGGAGAGAAUGUCGAUAGUGAAGAGGAAAUCUCUGCGGAUGAGGCUGACGAAGUCGACAUAACUCGGCCAUUACGGAGAGUACCAAGCACUCAAGAUAAGUCAUUGCAGAGGUCCAACGUUGUGGAUGCUACGGCCACAAAGAAGGAUGAUGCCGAAGCCGACGAGGAGGAAGAUACAGGACCUACCUUUGGAGAACUGAUCGAUGUGGACAAUGCGCUGGCCAUUCAAGACCCCGAAUCAAGAACACUUUCUGCCCCAAAUAGCAGCAGCCGCGCAGUCGCACUACCGUCUGGAAACUCUCUUGGUACAGUUUUGACUCAAGCACUGAAAACAAACGACAAAGUUCUGCUUGAGACCUGUUUCCAGAUAAACGAUCUCGAUAGCGUCAGAUCCACGAUUCAGCGCUUAGAAUCCCCCUUGGUAUCCAGUCUUCUAUCUAGAUUAGCGGAAAGGAUACACAAAAAGCCAGGAAGAGCUGGAAACUUGAUGGUCUGGGUACAGUGGUCACUCGUAUCCCAUGGUGGGUAUCUUGCUGGGCAGCCAGACGUUAUGCAAAAGCUGCAGGGCCUAUACCGAGUCAUCAGAGAGCGCGCAAACGGCCUGCAACCUCUCCUGGCAUUAAAGGGAAAGCUGGACAUGCUCAGCGCCCAAGUAGAGUUGCGAAGAAGCAUGCAACGCUCCGCGGAUAUUGGAGGGGAGGAUGAUAAAGCUGUAAUAUAUGUGGAGGGCCAAGAGAGCGACUCUGAAUCGGAUGGUGCUCUUGAUGCCACAGACGUGGCAAAGCAACAAGUUGAGAAUUUCAGUGAUGACUCUGGUGAUGAUGGUAUCGAUAUGCCCCUGGCCCACGACGGCCUCGACAAUGAGGACGAGGACAUGGAGGAAUCCGAAGGCCUUGUGGACGACGAGGCUGAGGAAACAGAGCAAGACUCAGGUGAUGACAUGUCAGAAGUUGAAAGUGAGGAAGAUAGUGACGACGAGGAUAUCUCCGAAGCCGAAGAAGAAACCGGAGCACCCUUGAGACGCUCAAAGGCUGCCGCAAGAUCAGCUUUGAGGUAAUUCUGCAUCAUCAUGUUCGAACAUCUGAAACAAUCCUGAUAUUCGGAUCUUGGAGUUCCGGUUCGCAUAUUCAGGGCAACAGGCGUUUACUACUGGCCUUUUCAUCUGCCUCCGUUGGACGGUAUAGCAAUUGACUCCAAUAAUUGUCUGAUAGUCUCGAUAUAAAAACAAUAUGGUGUUAUACAGAGGUACUUGUGUGCAU